GCGGGGCCGCGGCGACAGCGGCGGCACGGGGUGAAAUUUCUGGAAGGUGCGGCCGGAGCGGGGCCGGGAUCAGGAUCAGGAUCAGGAUCAGGGUCGGGCCGGGGGCGGCGGGCGGUGACGGCCCCCAGCGCCGCCGCCAUGAAUCACAAGAGCAAGAAGCGGAUCCGUGAGGCGAAGCGCAGCGCCCGGCCCGAGCUGAAGGAUUCGCUGGACUGGACCCGUCACAACUACUGCGAGACCUUCCCCCUCAGCCCCACCGCGUGCAAGGAUAACGUGGAGAGGGCAGAUGCACUCCAGUUAACAGUGGAGGAGUUUGUUGAGCGUUAUGAGAAGCCUUACAAGCCCGUGGUGUUGCUGAACGCUCAGGUGGGCUGGUCUGCCCAGGAGAAGUGGACGCUGGAGCGGCUGAAACGCAAGUACAGGAACCAGAAGUUCAAAUGCGGGGAGGACAAUGACGGUUACUCGGUGAAGAUGAAGAUGAAAUAUUACAUAGAGUACAUGGAAACCACGCGGGAUGACAGCCCCCUCUACAUCUUUGACAGCAGCUAUGGAGAGCAUCCCAAGCGAAGGAAGCUCCUGGAGGACUACAAGGUCCCCAAAUUCUUCACUGAUGAUCUCUUUCAGUAUGCAGGGGAGAAACGGCGGCCACCCUACAGAUGGUUUGUGAUGGGCCCACCUCGUUCUGGAACAGGAAUUCACAUUGAUCCCUUGGGAACUAGUGCAUGGAAUGCCUUGGUCCAGGGACACAAGCGUUGGUGCCUGUUCCCAACCAGCACUCCCAGAGAGCUGAUCAAAGUGACACGGGAGGAGGGAGGGAACCAGCAGGACGAGGCCAUCACCUGGUUCAAUGUCAUCUACCCUCGGACACAGCUUCCCACCUGGCCCCCCGAGUUCAAACCCCUGGAAGUCUUACAGAAACCUGGAGAGACAGUCUUUGUGCCAGGUGGCUGGUGGCACGUAGUCCUCAAUCUUGACACGACUAUUGCCAUCACACAAAACUUUGCCAGCUGUACCAACUUCCCCGUGGUGUGGCACAAGACAGUAAGAGGGAGACCUAAACUGUCACGGAAAUGGUACAGGAUCCUAAAGCAGGAGCAUCCUGAACUGGCAGCCUUGGCUGAUUCAGUUGACCUGCAGGAAUCUACUGGUAUUGCUUCUGACAGUUCUAGUGAUUCUUCCAGUUCGUCAAGUUCCAGCUCCUCAGACUCUGAUUCAGAGUGUGACUCUGGCUCCGAGACAGAGGGGAUGAUGCACCGCAGGAAAAAGCGGAGGACGUGCGGGAUGAUGGGCAACGGGGACACAACUUCCCAGGACGACUGCGUGAGCAAAGAGCGCAGCUCCUCCAGGAUUAGGGAAUCUUGUGGAGGCCGCAGCUACCCCUGAGGGAUAGCACCACCUGCCCAGAGGCAGCUGCCGAUCGAAGCUCCGUUAGCAGCCAGCCAGCUCUGUUCUACCCCUUCUGCUUCCAUUUCUCACACUCCUUCAGUUUGUGUCACUCUCCCUCGAUGCAGACAUCUUCGUUCCGUGCUGUCCAAGGUUGGCUCCUGAUCACCUGUAGGGGAAUGCCCCGGCUGUGCCCUGUGUGCAAUGCUUUGUCCCCUCUGCGCCCUGUGUGAGUGCACUAGACCCCAGCUGUGGGUAAGGACAUGCCAAGUAUUUAAUGGGUCAUGCAACUGGCAAGGAAGACAAUGGUCAGUUUUUAAAGAACUCUUUUUAAAACCAGCAGGUAAAUGUGAAAACCUGCCUUGCUUUGAUGCUGUCAUAUGUUUACAUGUUGUCCUGUACACUUGAGGAAAGGAACACCAGCCCUUUUGGCCUGUCGGAACGUCCAGUGGACCUCACACCAGGAUUUUGGGAAGAACAGUGAAGAAAUGAGCUUCUGCAAGAACUGAGCUGUGGAAAAUGAGUCCUUGGAUCUUAGCCUGCUGCAGGAGAACAUUGCUGUCAGAGCUGGUGCUUCCAAGUGUGUGUCUCAUAAAAUCCUGGAGUAGGGGCAUUUGGGAAGAAUCCAUCAGGAUCAUCGAGUUCAACUCCUGGCCCUGCACAGAAACCAAGAGCCCCACCCUGUGCCCAAGAGCAUUGUCCGAACACUUCAUGAACUCAGGCUCAGUGCUGUGACCAUUGCCCCGGCGAGGCUGUUCCAGUGCCCAGCCACCCUCUGGGUGAAAAAUGUGUUUGUGAUAGCCAGCCUAAACCUGCUCUCACUCAGCUCCAGCCAUUUCCUCAUCACUGGUCACAAGAGUGAAGAGAUUGGUACCUGCUCCUCUGCUGUCCCUCAUGAGGAUGCUGAAGACCCCAGUGAGGCCUGGCUUCAGCCUCCUCCAGGCUGAACAGAUCAAGUGACCUCAGCCAUCCUCAUUCAUCUUCUCCUGGAGACCCUUCACCAUCCUCAUGGCCUCCUUUGGGCACUGUCCCAUGGCUUAAUGUCUGUUAGAUGUUGUGGUUCCCAAAACUGCCCCCAGCAUUGAAGGUGAGGCUGCCCCAGUGCAGAGCAGAGCAGGACAAUCCCCUCCCUUUCCUGGCUGGUAAUGCUGGGCCUGAUGCCCCAGGACAUGGUUUGCUCUCUGGGCUCCAGGGCACUGCUGACUCAGAUCCAGCUUGCCACCAACCAGGCCCCCCAGGUCCCUUUCCACAGCUCUGCUCUCCAACUUCAUUCCCCAGUCUGUCCACACAACCAGGAGUGCCUGGAUCUCAGUGCAGAAUCCAGCCCUUGCCCUUGUUAAAUUCCAUACAGUUGGUGAUUGCCCAUCUCUCUACCCUCGAAUGAGUUGACAGCUUCUCCUAGUUUAGUGUUUUGGCAAACUUAAUAUUCCUUCCAAUCCUGCAUCCAAGUCAGUAAUGAGGAUGUUGAAGAGCACAGGGAUGAGGAUGGACCCCUGCAGAAGCCCAAUAGUGUCCAGUGCCAGCCUGGUGUCACCCCAGUCACUGUCACUGUGUUCAGCCUGUUAGCCAGUUGCUCACCCAUCAUGUGAAACAAAUACCCAGCUGUGGGCUGGACAGUUUGUCCAGAAGGUCACUGGGAGAGACAAUAUAAAUAAAGGUGACAGCUACUGGCUUUUCUAGAUCAAGCAUCAACCUUGUCACAGAAGGAGUUCAGAUUCAACAAGCAGGACUUUCCCUUCAUGAAGCUGUGCUGGCUGUGAUUGAUGCCUGCAUUGUUCUCCAGGUGUUUUUCAGUACUUCCCAGAAUCAUCUCUUCCAUGAUGUGGCCAGGCACUGAAGUGAGACUGACAGGCCUGUGGUUGCCAGGGUCCUCCUUGUUGUUGAAGACUGGGACAUUUGCCAACUUCCAGUCAGCUGGAGCCCCUCUGAAUUCCCAAGACUGCUCAAAAAUCAUUGAGAGGUUUUUUGAUGACAUCAGCAGCAUCUUGAGGGUUCUCAGAUGAAUCCCAUGAGGCCCCAUGGAUUUGUAGGCAUCCAUCUGGAGCAGCAGAUGCUGCUGCUUUGGGCUUGACUGGGAGUUGAACAUUGUCACAGUCACAGUCCUCCAGCACUGAGACCCCCUUGGUCCAUCAUGUGUGCUGAAGACAGAGGCAAAGAAGCAUUAAACACCUCUGCCAUGUCCCUGGUUUUGAGGUGACUGUCCUCAUCCUGAAAUGGGCCAGUGUUAUUUCUAAUUUGCCUUUUGUCAUUAAUAUAUUUGAAAAAACUCUUUUUUAUUUUCCCCCACAGUUCUGGCCAGUUACAUCUCCAGUCGAGCUUUGGCCACAUGAAUUUUCUUCAUACAGUGUCAGCAGCAUUUCUGUAUUCUUCCCAUGUCACCUGAUCCUGCUUCCACCUUCCUUUUUCAUCUUAUUUCCAAGAAAUGAUCCCUGUUCAGCCAAGGAAGGGAAGGUGGUGUGAAUGCCCCAAGUACUGUGGUGGCAAAAAAACCACCAAACAGUUCUGGGGCUGAGGGCUUGCUGAGCCCAGUGCAAUUCACAUCCCUAAAUGACUUUCCUUUGAGGUUAUGUGUUCAGACCUUUCUGAAAGUGCAGUGCCAAUUUUAAAGGAUUUUUAAGAGGGGGACGUGUUGUUUUAUGCUUUUCAAAAAUGCAGUGUGUUGCUUAAGUCUGUGUAGAUGCAUUUGUAUUACUCCAGGCAAAGCUCUUGUCCCCAAGGGAUCUUUUGGAGCUGCUGGUUUGUUAUAUUAGCAGGGGCUUGUACUGGUGGUGUCUGUGUGACUGAAAGUGCUGCAAGGAAAUCUGAAUUUCCCAUGGGCUGCUUCAGUGGGUGCUCUUCUGAGUGCAGAACUCACUUCAGCCAUUCUUUGGGAAGUACAGAAGUGCUGUAUGUGUAGUAAACACACAGCAAUGCCCAGGCACUGAUGAAAGAGCAAAUUAAAGAGAGAUUAAAGCCUCAACUGUGACUUUCUUAAACGUGUUAGGUUUGGUGGAACCUGGAGUGUUGUGUUUCUGGGUUCUCUGGUCUGUUUUUAACCUUGUCUCUUCCUUAUUUAAACACUCCUGGGCCAUAUCCUUUUGUACAAAGCAAUCCUAAAUAUGUUUGUUGGGAUCUCUGUUUUUGACUCUUUUGUGCCAGUCAGUUUGUGUAAGAGCAGUGUGGUGGUGGGGAAAUGGAGAUAGGGAAGGUUUAUUGAUACAUUUUUCAGCUGUCCAGACUCCCAAAUUUCCUGUGAUAUCCAGGCAUAAGCAAGAACACUUGCUCUGUAGCCACUGCAGAUUCUUCCACGAGAUUAUUUUAAAAACCUCCAACUUCUCCAACUCCUGGCAUUUCUGGCCAAGGCUGAACAGCCUGGAAGCCUGCACAGUCUGUGUGUGUCCUCAGAGAAGGCUGCAGCUGCUGCCUUUUGGAAGAUUGUGGGGCCUGGAGAGACAAAGGCUGACAAGGCUCAGCUCUCACAGUGAGGGGAGUCCUUGGAGAGCUGUCCCUGCCCUCUCUGGUGCCCUCAGUGAGAUGCAGCUGCAUUUGGCACAUGUGGUUCAGUUUGCACAGUCUUAAAAUCUAAUGUGGAAGCCUGAUUGCUGUGGUGGGAAAGCCACACCUCUGCCUCUAGAAGCACAGUGGGAAGAUCCAGUUCUUCCAUGCCUGUGAAAUCUUCCAUGGUGGGAAAUAAAGCAAUUCCAGGUGAAGUCUGUGUUGGUGUGACAUCUCUCACAGAAAAGCAGUGUUUACAAGGGACUGCAGACAUCAUGAUACCAGCAACCCUCUCCUGGCUGCUCCACAGGGCAUUCCUGCUGUGUAACAGUGUCUGUGCAGGCAACCUGGGAAUCAGGACUCUGGGAUCUUCAGUUCUUCCACUUCUGGCUUUUGCCUCAGCCACUUUGGUGAGUCUUUGUUUGAGCAGUGAGGAAAAUCCCUACCUCGAAGGGCUGUUGUGAGGCUGAACUGGAAUUGCUGUGCAAGAUGAUUUGAAGCCAUCCACUCAAAAAAGGUAUUCAUUCAACCUGAGACUUCCCAGCCUGCUGGGAGCUUUUUGUAGCAGAAAACAUUGGGGAUGUUGUUCAACACUAUUGGCCACGUGGUGUUGUGUGGUGGCCCUUCCAGAACUGCAGUGUGGUACAUGAAUUGUAGCAGAACAAGACUUUGUUUUCACCAGGGUUGAACUGUUGCUGUUCCAUGGCCUGCUCUAAACAGGAGGUGCUGUUAGAGCAGGAUCUGUUUUUAAACAGGACUAGAUUCUCUCAUCAGGGAGUCAUCUUCACUGGCCUUACAGGAAUGAGGGGAGCUGGUGCUUCCCAGGCCCUUAUUUCAGGCUGGGUGAGUGAGGAACAGUUGAAAACUGCUCCCUUUGUGCCUCACUCCGUGCUUGUGGGAAGCUGGCUGGGGACAGUGGGCUCUGCUCUCCUUUCUCCAGGCUUGUGCUUCUUGGGGCAUCCUUGUUUCUUGUUCCAGCCCUGCUGCUUUUGUACUCUAGAGGCCCUGGAUGCAGCUGGUCCAGCACCCUGUGGGCCCCUCAUUUCCUUGAGCCCCAGAGCAGCAGCACAGCUUUGCCUCACCUCUCUGGGGCUGUGGGGGCUGCCCUGUCCCCAGGGAUGGGCAGAGAACCUCAGGCUGGGUGUCAUUGUCACAGUCCUGCCUGCUCUGGGAUAGGUGGUGGGAUUUGGGAGCUCUGGCUGUGCUUUAGAGCCUGAUGAUAGACACAGGCUGGGAGAGUUCAGGAGGAAACAACCCAGCACUCCAUCAGAACCACAAAUGUGGACAAGAGGCACCAGUCCAGCACCUGUUCUUUGCACAAGUGCUGUGGGAGCAGGUGGCACUGAGGAGCCUCUGGCAGACUUCCUCCCCUUCCAGCUCAUGUGUGCUAGCUCCAGUUUGUCUUACAAUUAUAUCAAACCUCUCCAAAUGCUUCAAGGAAAGACAGCACCCUCUUUCACAGUUAACCUCUACUCUCCUCCCUGAGGCCUCAGCCAUGUGGGCUGGGAAAUGAGUCUGUUGGCUGAAUCCAGUCUGAAAUGCCUGUGUGGGCACAUUUUAGCAGGAGGUUUUUGGCAUCCCCCUUGCAAAUGGGGGAAGGAAAAUGUUACCCAUUCAUGUGACAGUCCCACUGUCAGCUCCAAGCCCUGCCACUGCCCUUAGCUGCUUUUAUCACCCAUCCAGCAGAGCUGGGAUACUUGUCUUGUUCGGAUGAUUGUGGUUUUGCUUUUUAUUUUAAAUAAAAUCAAUUAUUUUGCA